CCCGGGACCAUGUUCACCAGCACCGGCUCCAGCGGGCUGUAUAAAGCACCUCUGUCCAAGGGCCUCUUAAUCGUGCCGAGCGCCUUCUCCCUUCUGUUGGCUCUGCUUUUUCAACAUUAUCAAAAGUUCUUCACGUAUAAUCUGCAAGCAGUGAAAGAAGAAUUUCAGAUUUGGAGGCUUGUCUGUGGGAGAACAGUAUGUCUUGAUCUCAAAGACACAUUCUGCAGCAGCUUGCUAAUUUAUAACUUUAGGAUAUUUGAAAGGAGGUAUGGCAGCAGAAAAUUUUCAUCUUUUCUGCUAGGUUCCUGGAUGCUGUCAGUGUUGUUCGAUCUUCUCCUUGUAGAAGCUGUUGAAUAUUCUUUUGGCAUCUCCAUCAACAACUUGCCUUCAGGAUUCCUGGGUCCUAUAUUUGCUCUUUUUAUACCAUUUUAUUGCUCCAUUCCAAGAGUUCAAGUGACACAAAUUCUAGGCCAGUUUUCCAUCACAAACAAAACACUGGUCUAUAUAUUGGGUUUGCAGCUUUUGACUUCAGGGUCGUACAUCUGGAUUGUUGCUUUAAGUGGGCUGAUUUCCGGAAUGUGCUACAGCAGCCACGUGUUAAAAGUGUACCGUGUACUUUGUGUGCCCAGCGGCAUGGCAAGAAUAUUUGCUUGGACUCUUGAGCCAAUUUUCUCAUCGGCAGAGCCAUCCAAUGAAGUCAGAGUUGGAAUGGGAGCGACUGUGGACAUUCAGAGGCAACAGAGAAUGGAGCUUCUUGAUCGGCAAAUCUUGAUGUCUCAGUUUGCACAGAUAAGAAGACAAAGACAACAGCAGGGUGGAAUGAUUAACUGGAACCGUCUCUUUCCUCCUUUACAUCGUCAACGUAAUGCAAAUUAUCAGGAUAAUCGCCAGACUGAACAAGAGGUGCUGCCUCCAGCUGAAGUGUCUGAAGAACAGGUUGCACGGCUCAUGGAAAUGGGAUUUUCCCGGCUAGAUGCUUUGGAAGCUUUGAGGGCUUCAAACAAUGACCUUAACGUAGCUACCAACUUUCUACUCCAGCAUUGAUGAGCGCCGGCGACAACAAACUUUAAGCAAUACUUGAAAUGCG